AAUCAUCGGGAGGGGGUGCCCGGGAGAGGCGCGCGAGGUCCCUGUGUGAGUGAUGGUGAGACAGGGAGGGAGUAUGGAGCAGUCCACCACCACCACCAUCACCACCACCACCACCAGCAGCACCACCAGUUGCAUAGACAGAAACUACAUGAAAUCCAGCGAUGGCUUUCUGAAGCUUAUUCAAGCGGGUGUGCUGUUGAUAGCAUUUGUAUGUGUGCACUGUUCAUUGUGGACAAACUACUCAACUUACCGUUACUUUGAAAUUGUCGCUAUAUGGUUUCUUAUUAUGGCUUUAAUGUUCUACUUAAUUUACUUCACAAGACUCCACUUGAAAAUCACUUGUAUAAAGUGGUCAUUUACAGAAUUUCUUCACAAUGUUGUUGCAACAAUUUUGCUGUUCAUUGCUUCAGUUGUUGCAGCAGCUAACAGUCACGGUUUUGCAGGAUUGGCAUCUGGGGCGUUCUUUGGGUUUGUAGCUACAUUACUUUUUGGGAUUAAUGCCUUUCUGGACUUCAAGAUGUAUCGUGACCCUCAACCAGCAACUAUAUUUACAUAAUAUGGGAUCCUAUCCAGGUCAUAUUUCAUCCAAAGAAGAUCUGAAGCUGAAAUCAGCUGUUUUGUUAUUUGAAUCUGCUUAGACGUGCUUUUUUUAAGUUUACUUUCUGUCCAGGUAUUUUAUUUGUAUAUUAUAUAAACUACCUUUAAUGUAAUUUUGUGAAAGGUUUGAUGAAUGUACAGAAUUACAUGAUGUGACAGGGAGCUUAUUCCUCGCUCUAUUAAUGUGCCACCCAGAUUCAUGUCACGAGACAUGUUCUGUAGCUCAACUUGAUAGUUGUAUACUAUAGCCACACAGUAUUUAAAGCACAAUUAAUAUGCUGCACUUCUAUUUCAAGAAAGCAACUUGUGUGUAAAAAUGAUAGCAAAUACAAUUUAGACUAGACCAAAAUUCCAUUUGCUGAUAUUUUUAGAGUUGUUUAAUUAUACGCAGUUGUAUAUGAUGUCUGUAUGUGAGAGGUAUUUGUGCAAGAUUUCUUAUUUUAUAUCGGAACGCCAAUAUUAAAGUGCCUUUAUGUGU